AUAAGCAGAAAGUGCAAGCUUGGGAUCAGUAGAGCUUCAAGUGUCCAGCUGGGAUACAAGUGUGCUCUCCAGUUGUAGGUUAGGGGGUUUGAAGAGGAAGAGAAGAAGGACCAUGUGGCUGCCUCCAGCUCUACUCCUUCUCAGCCUCCCAGGCUGUUUCUCCAUCCGGGGCCCAGCGUCCGUGAGAGGCCGAGAGCAGGGCUCACUGACCGUGCAGUGUCGCUAUGACCCCAAAUGGGAGACCUACGUGAAGUGGUGGUGUAAAGCUGCUGUUUGGGGUUCCUGCCAGAUUCUAGUUAAAACCACUGAAUCAGAGUGGAAGAAGGACCGUGUGUCCAUCAGGGACAAUCACACAAGCCACAUAUUCACCGUGACCAUGAAGGAGCUCAGGCGAGAUGAUGCAGACACUUACUGGUGUGGGAUUGAGAGAAGUGGAAUUGACCUUGCAGUCCAAGUUGUAGUGAUCAUCGAUCCAGAGAACCUGCUGUCUAGGACAAUUGCCAACAGCCACGGAGGGUUUUCUUCUGGCUCCAACGUCAGGACCCACUACGUCCUUCUGGUAUUUGUAAAGGUGCCUGUAUUACUCAUCUUGGUUGGUGCCAUCCUCUGGUUGAAGGGCCUUCGGGGGUCCCCAAGGAGCAAUGGGAACAGCCUGUCUAAACACACUUGUCCUCUGACCUGA